UUCGAACUCUUCAAGGUCAGCAGGAGUGCCGCGUCGCAAAAACGAGGAAUCCUCGAGGCAGCGCGAUGCCGGCGGACGCUAGAAAGCCACCGGUUCUGCCGAGGAAGGAUCAGAGCCCUCAGGAGAGCAAGGACGCGAAGAAUUGUCCGCUCGUUUCGAUUCAGUCCAGCUUCAAACCGAACAGCCGAGUGUACGCCACUCUUCAGCAACUGAACGAGCAGAACUCGGCGAAAUCGAGGUCCACGGUUAACAGGCCGGUGGACAAGUCGCCCGGGAGAUCUCCGUACGCCUCGUCGAAUCACGUGGAGAAGAUUUACGAGCGCAGUCUGCAGCCUCAGGUGAUUCACGCGGAUGACCUCGAAUCGAUCCUACGACCCUCUUUGCAGGUUUCUGCUUACGGCGAGCCGGCCCGAUCCGAUCGGCACUCGCCUCCCGGAGAAGCGGUUACGCUCCAGCUACAAAACGACCAAGAAGAAGUUUACGAGCGAGUUGCCGAGCUGCGCUACGAACACCUGGAGACUAUCGAGGAGGACGAUCGAAAAAGCGAAGCGUCCGUUUACCCGGAGAUCGGAUUGAGCCAGUGUCUGAAGAUUCAGGGUUUGUCGAACGGCAGGGAUCAACGGAACGAACCUGCCAGGACGUUCGUCACGUUUCACUCGUCCAGGACGAAUCUGCAGUCUCGAUCGACCGGUUCGUUCGAGACGAGCGAGGAAAAACGCGAGGUCGACGAACCGAUCGACGACCUUCAGAUCCCAUACGAUUCCGUCGUGGACAAGAGCCAAACGUGUCACACCAGGGAGAACAGCGACCUGUCGACCGCGACUAUCCCUCUGGACGAGCUGGAGAGCGAAAGGCAACGGGCAAAGUUCAAGGCCGAAGACGAGGCCGCCGAGAUGGACUCCCGUUUGCGGAACAAUCUCGCGGAAGAGAAACCCGACAGAUUAGGCGAAAACGAGAGAACCUCUAGGGAGACCGAGGCUCGCGCCUCCGUCGUGAACGAGGUCUUACUGAAGAAUCUCCAGUUCAAACAGGACCUGCCCAACGAUUCCGAACGGGCCGACUCGUACAAGAUCGUCGAGCAAAUCGCUACGCAGAGACAGAUCGGUUUUCAUAAUGUUCUGUGCGACGAUUACGAGCACGCGCGGGACUCGAGGUUCAAGGAGAACAAAGUGUACGUGACGAAGGAGGAGAUGGAGCGGCAGAGGUUGAUGGACUUGCUGAGGAAAGGCGACUUCGAAUCCGCCAGAAUGGAAUUGGAGAGGAGUUAUACCCUCUCGACCCCAGGGGGUAGCAGCCCCGUUUGUUGCCCGCCAUGCAGCCCACCCCCGGCUCCGGCCGCAUACAUAUCGAGCGCACGUGCGUCCUCGCGAAGACUCGGGGCAGGAAGUGGAAUCGGUGGGCCACCGUCGCCGGAAAGAGAUCCCCUGGGAAGACUGCUAAGAUUCCUGAAGACCUUCUACAGGGAGCUAGGCACUCGUGAUCCACCCCAUUUGCCGGCAUGGGCGUCGCCGCUUCCACUUGGCACCCUUUGUCCAGCACACUUUCAACCCCACCUGCAACUGCUCCACAAAGGCGAGCAGGAACACAGACUGGAGAACAUCAAGACCGACCAGAUCUUCGCUCCUGUCAGGCUAAGCGACGGAACCGUAUCGGAAGCGCCCCGUCGCGUGGCGAUCGAAGGAGGUCCAGGAAGCGGAAGAACGACCCUCUGCCUCCGACUCCUCCACCAAUGGGCGAUCCAAGGCGAUGGACCCGCCUUAGCCUUCAUCGUGCCCCUCCGAGAACUUCGCGGCAGCCCCGUAUUAAAUUAUUUGGCCCGAGAACUGUUCCCCAGAACGGCAGCCAUCGGCGACGCCGUUGCCCAAGUUUGGAGAACGCUGCACCUGAUGGAGGACCGCGUGUUGUUCAUCCUGGACGGCUACGACGAGUGCGUGGGUGGCAGACCGUCUCUCGGCGACGCCGUGGACCUCCUCGAAGGACGACUGUUUCCUGAUGCCAGGAUUUUGGUUACUUGCUCCCCUAACAACUCUAGCGUGUUGUCCCCACUCGUUCAGAGGAGGAUUCAUCUGGCUGGGUUGGAAUGGUCGCACGUGGAGAGGCUCUGUGUCGCUUAUUUUAUCCACAACGACAUCGCGGAGAAGGCUUGCGAGUUCCUUGAAGCGCUGAACGUUCAACCGCAGACGGUCAAGCAGCUUGGUCAGCACCCGUUGGGUUGGAUUAUGCUCUGCUGUCUCUAUCAGGACUCCGGAAGUUUACCAACAGAGACGAGCGCGUUGGUUCAAGCCGCCGUGAAGUGUAUCGUAAGAAGAAGCCUAGACCCCCCGGUCCCUUACAACGAGGAGGUUCCAGGUCACUGCAGGAAGCGACUGGAAGACUUCGGGAAGUUAUCGCUGGCAGCGCUCAGGGAGGGCAGGUGUUGUUACACGGAAGCAGAGUUAAGGGCUCGAGGUGGCGGUAUCGAGGUCACCAGGUUAGGCUUCCUAACCAAAGGGCUGACUUUCGGACAACGCCGCAAACCGGACCUCUACACCCCGGUCCACAUGGCGGUAGCCGAGUUCCUGGCAGCCUAUUAUCUCACUUCCGUCGCUCAGUACGCCAACAUACUGCGGAGGGAACUCGAAGGAUUGCCGUCAGGGAUCAUCAGUCACUUGGCCGGGUUACUGGGACCCAAAACGCAUUUGAUACUGAAUCAACUCUGUCCGCUGGAAGUGCCACCCAGAGCCAUGUUCUCGUUGCUGAAGGCAGCGGGUGCCUCGGACGGAAACAUCUCCGCCGUGUGCAGAUUGGUCGGAGCGGGACCUGGAUUCGGUCCUGCGCCCAACGAGAGACCACCGGCACCGCUGGUUCACACCUCGCCCUUGGAACUCGAGGGCUGGGCUAGGAUCCUCGAGAGCCCGGCUUGCACGCUAGAAGCCCUCGAAGUUGUCUUCCAAGUCGAGAGGGGAUCGGAUCCCAGGUAUCUGGACGACUUCUUCGAAGCCCUCGCUGGAAACGAGAGCGUCAAACUAGUUAGGAUCACGUCGCUUCUGGGGCAAGAGUUUCCCGCUGACGAGGCGCAGAAGUUGGCCGGUCACUUGAAAAGUGUCCUGGGGAAGAAGAAGCUGAACGACUUCGAGCUGGUCAUCACGUGUUUGGAGGAAGCGGCGCAUGACAGAUUGGAAUGCGUGGUGAACGCCCUGUGCCGAGGACUGAGUCACGCGUCGAGCAGCUUGGCACGGUUGGUCCUCGACAUGAAUCUGUUCGGUGAACAAGUGUCCCGGGUCUGCGAGGCACUUCGUAGCUGCGUUCAAGUGCAGGCACUGCACUUGCCCCAUUUGGGCUGUGGAUGCGAGGGCCUAGCAUCGGUCGCCGAGCUGCUCAAAGAGAGACCUUUGCUGGCGCUGAACCUGGCCGGAAGCUGGGGAGCCAAGAACGAGGAUCCGUCCAGUUCUGGAAUCAGUAUGGGUUCGGGUUCCGGUUCCGGAAGCAGCGGCUGCGCGUCCAGCACCCUUGGCACGCUACCCCUUAAUCGCUGCUACUCUUCGCUCCCGCGGGGCGCUUUGGCAGCCUAUGGCAGUUUAACGAGGCCCGCAACCCUGCCGCGGCUUCCUUUGGGGCUUGGCCUUGGUCCUGCACCCGCCACCGGAAACGGACCACUUCCGCAGAACGACAGAGACAGGGACAGCAACGGAAGCAGUAAGAGGAACAGCGACAGCGUACUGUGUCAUCGUCUGCCGCUACUGCACCCGCUACCCACUUGUGACGUCACCAGCCAUCAGGGCACUGGUUUUCACGAGAUCUUCAACGCCAUCAGAGAACCAAACUGCAAGCUGAGGUCCCUGAACGUGUCCAAGUGUUUGCUCGGCGGAUUGGAUGCGGGUUGCUUGGGCGAAACCAUCCGAAGGGCACGUAAUUUGGAUGCUCUGAGGGCUGCCGGUGCAUCGAGGCCAGCGGACGUGAUGCCACUUGUCCUUGCACUGACGGAAGCUCCGUGUCUUCAACUUCUGGAUCUCGCUAGUCCGCGACUGGCUCUCGACGAUCAUCCUUCCAGAUUGUUGUGUCACGCGCUUGCCAGGAACACCACUCUGAAGUUACUCAGCCUCGAAGGAUGGACGUUUAGAAUAGAGGAAUCAGAUAGCUUGGCAGUGUUCUCCGAGCUGCUCAGAUACACGAGCGUCCGCGAAUUAAGCCUUUGCAAUGCCCGCUUGCAUCUGGCCGUCCAUGAAGGUCCUUUGGCAAGAUUAGGACGUCGGGACGACGCAGGAGCCGAGCUUCUCAGAGCAGCUCCUCCACCCGCCUGUCCUGCGAUUGUGUUCCUCAGACUGGCUGGCUUUCAAGUAACGGUGAACGAUCGCCUCGCCCUUCGAGGACCCCUUCUGUUGCCCUUCCUAGCCGGGUUCACCGCCCUCAGCGAGUUGGACCUUUCCCUGGACAAAUCCACCAUAGGAGGCAACAGCGGCUCUCUAUUAUUCAUCGACGACAAGAUUCUCCAACAAUUCUUCAGCUGUCUGUCCUCUCACUUCAAGAACCUGCAAUCCUUGAGGAUCAACUUCUGGCGAGUGACUCUAGAAGACAGCGACAAGACGAUGAGGCAGAUAGCCAAGUACCUGAAGUUGUGCAACCUGAGUUUCCUAAAGGCGAACGGGCUCAUAGUGACCGACAGCGCGAAGAAGGUUCAGAUGGAGCACGUUUUCGUGCAGACGGUGCUCACCCAUCUGCAGUAUCUCACCUGGCUGUGUCUGGACGGCGUGGAUCUGACGGAGACGCAGGCUUCGAGCAUCGGCAAAUGCGUGAGGGAUCGUUAUCCUGGCACCUCGUUGGAGAUCAGCGCCAAGGACGUGCACGUGAAAUCGGUGAAGGCUCUGGUCGCUGCGGUGGAAGAGGCUGGUAGAGCGGAAGUGGUGUACACGGGCGGAGCUAACUGCAGAUUGAAGAUCACGAAGCUGCAGAAGAACGGCAAGGGCAAGAAGAAGUGAGGGCGGACGGGGAAGCUUCUGGUUGACAAGGACACGGAAGAUUUUUUUUAGAGUUGUCUGGUCACGAGGAACGUGGGCCUAGACGAGGAAGAUUUGAUCUUGAACGAAGGGCCUGAUCAUUUUGAGGGUUGUUAGUUGACGAUCCGGUGAAACGGAUGUCAGAUGAGACGAUGAGCAAACGACUAGCAAAGAGAAACGCGUAGUUUUUAGAGAGGAAACGCGUAUAUCGUCGAUGAUUUUAGCCAUAAGAGGCAUAUAGAAUAAGAUGACUACUUAACGAAGGAAAUGCAUGGGGAACGAGAUGGAUGGAACGAAGCCGACACUUUGUGGAUUUUCGUCUUACUGUGAUUUCCUUUUCGCACUCCUAACGAUAGGUAGAUCGUAGAGUUUGUUAGAAAAACGCGGAAAGAAGAGAUUGUAGGAGAGGUGUUCUUUGUUUUAGAAGAGGUACAAUUCUUUCUGGGGGAAAAGAUUACGAAAGAGAUCUAAGAAUAAUCGAGACCAAGUCACACGUAUUACCGAAAGAUAUUUAAAGAAAAAGAGGCUGUUGCAACUAGAUACGUUCGUUGUUGUUAGAUGGACUGUAAAAUACGAUUCAGAGUAAUAUAUUAUUAUUAUUAUUGUCA